UGUUGGGUCUUUUCUGCAAUCUCUUUCUUUUCUUAUUGAUUUAUUUGCUUCCUCUUUCGGGAUUUGCACCACAAUGUGUCAUACAUCUGAGGGGACUCAACCGUCCAAAACAUUGUUACCCUUGUCCACUGAUUAGCUUUGGAGGUGUCGAGAAUGCAUAUGAAGGAGCCGGAUCCUGACGACUGCUUAGACUAUAAAAAUAUGUUUGAGCCUGACCCUGAUGAUUCUCAAGUCAGUGAAUCAAUGAAGUCCAUGCUUUACUUGGGGACUCAUGGUAUGUUUCUGGGCUCCAUAAUUUAUGGGGAACCCGACCCUGAUGAUUUCGGAUCAAACAGGGCUGUUAUAAAUUAUGGAAUUGUAGCUGAACCUGACCCUGACGAUGCACCGGCAGCUGAAAAUGUGAAGGAUGCGACCCCUGAGGGACUGGAUCCCAAUGAUUGCAAUCCAAAAGCACCCAUUUUGGAGUAUGAGAACAUUAUGGAACCUGAUCCUGAUGAUUCUCUAGAAAAUGAUGUUGUGUGUGCCGAGCCUGAUCCCGAUGAUGAUGUGGGCAUUUCCACUUUUGCUGGUUCUUUUGAAAAUUUACCCAUUGUAGAAUGUUUGAGCAUGCAGACGACUGGUGAACCUGAUCCGGAUGAUAAAACAGACAAUGCGUCCUCCACAGUUGAUUCCGUGAGUUGUUACCCAGCGGCAGUUGAUGAUUAUCAAGUGACACCUGUAGAAGCUACGUCAGUCCUUCAGACACUUGUCAAGAUUGUUGGGGGCAUGACAAGUUAUCCGGGUGAGAUGGAAUUCAGGAGGCUGUGUGAGGCUAAUCCUAUGAAUGCAGCAAAAUGUAAAGCUGCAGUGGAAGUCCCAUCUUUAGUGGGCAUUGAUAAAGACAUCGAAUGGGAUGGAAUUGGGAUGGCGGAGAUUUAUGCCGACCCGGGAAGGAAUGGCUUCCCGUGGCUUUCUCUCUCUUCAAUGGAAGCAGCCUGCACUGUUUAGAUGCUGGGACCAUACACCAUGUUGUUAUAUAUACAUGUUCAAAGCUAUGGGUUGUAUGUAGGAAUUGUGUGUGAAUUGUGAAAGAUAGUAGAUUGGGCUUGUGAGUAUAUGAAAUAAAGCUACAGGGUGGGACCCAUCUGAUGGAUGGUCCGAUCAGAUGACCCUAUAUGGGCCCCACAUGCAUGGGACCCUGUGCAGGAGUCUGAAUAUGACAUGCAUUGGCUUGUAUUCAUCUAUGCAUAUGCUGAAAGGUAUUGUUGUGGA